AUGCUAGAAAUUCCAGACUUGUUAUGCAUAUUUUUACAGUCGCGCUCUUCUGAUUACAUUGACUCUGUCGGUAAGACUGCAAACCGACGCUUCAGUCAAGGCACAAGGUCUGACGCUGGGACCCGCGUUUCUCCACAUAUGAACGAUUUUGCUCAAGGUCUGGCUGGUGUUGGACCAAACCGAGUCAAGUGGAUUGAGAUGCCUCAAGUCGUCGAUACUGGACUGGCUACUAACAUGUCGUCGAUCGAGAAAAGUCACCAAGAAGUAGGCGGUAUAAAUGCUCAUCAGAUAAUAGAUUAA